AUGGCAAUGUUGGUUACAGAGCCCGCCUCCGUGCUUUCCACCGGAGUGGAUAAUACACGACUGGAGUAUUCCCCAUAUGCGAUCCCCAAUGUCACCUUGCAGUUGAAGGAUGGCAGUCGACUGUAUGUGCCGGCUCACUUGCUUGCGAAGAGUGAGACGUUCUCCUCUCCAGGUCAAGACGGCGUAUACCAACUCGACAUUUCUCAUGACGUGGCUCAUGUGCUUGUCCACUAUCUAUUUACCGAAAACUAUCAGUGUCUGAAGCCGAAAGGCUCGUCGCUAAACGAAAAGCUCGCUGCCGAGUUCAUAACGAGCAUUCACGUUUACAUCGCCGCACGAGAAUACAAAUUGCCGCUGUUGGAAGAGCUUGCGAAAACCGACAUCAUCAAGCUUGGUAAUGACUUCCGCACUCCCUUGGUGUUCGACCUUGUGCAAAAGGCGUAUCCGAGCCCCAGCGUGGAUGAUACAUGGUUCCGCCAAUAUCUCAAGAAUCGUUUGAGCAUUUUGUUCACCGAUACAAAAGAACUACUGGAAUGGAAUCCAAUUCCUGAUGAAAAGCCCACGACGAUCAGUGAAAUGCUUUUGAAGAACUUGCUCGAGCUACUUCGCGAAAACGUCAUUUCGGGCGACAAGACGUCGAACGGGAUACUCCCCCAGCCUCAUCAAAGCACUGCCGAAGGAGAGUCAGAACCUGCGCCAACUAGACAGCCAGUACAGCUAGAUGAGUCAGAAAAGGCUCAUGCGUUAGUCGCAGAUGCCAAGGUUUCCAAUGGGCCUGUGAAGCAUGAAGUGGAAGCGGACAACGAUAAGAGAGACGCAGCAGAUCUCGAUGUCGGCCUGGACAAGGGCGAAACUAGCAUUGCCAAAAGCGACAGCGAAGUGGUCAAGAGCGACACCGGCACAAGCAAGAGCGAAGAUGAGAUAACGAAGAAUGGUGCACAGACUCCGGUAUCUAAAGCAGAUUCAUGCGAGCCAGAGAUUGUGAGGGUAGAGCUUCCCGGCCAUGGACUUGAUCAUGUGGUCAAGCCCACCGUGGAGAACAAAGAUGAGAAAGACUUCUGGGGACUGAGUCUGAAAAAGAAGAAGAAGAAGAAGGCCACGAAAGCCUUUGUACCUGAACCGCUGCAGGAAGGGGUGACUGUCAAGUCUUAG